AUGGCUAUUCAAUCGCAAUCAACGGUGUCGCUACCGACCCUUGUGACGCAAUCCACGCAAAGCUUGCUCAACAGACGGGUCACGAAUGAGGAUUCUCUUUACCACAUAUGCCUUACGAUAAAGAAGCGUCUCGAGCAACUGCCUCAGAUUAAACCGUAUUUGAACCUGGCACAUGCGAGCAGCGAACUUCUCAGCGAAAAACAGGCCCUUUUGCUGUCUCAGAAACAGCAAUUGAGCAAGCAACAGAAUCAAAAUAAUGGGCCCGGUGUAGGAGCUCUUUCCAGCGGAAAUGGCACGAAACACUUCUCCGAUCGACGUAGCAGUGCAAUGUCGACCGGCAGCUACUCUGACGACGUAGACAACUCCGUUUUGUCCAUUGAAGAAACGGUUGUCACAUUCAGCAUGGGCAUUUUGCCAAUUACCAUGGACUGCGACCCUGUGACACAACUUUCUCAUCUGUUCCAACAGGGCUCUCCAUUGUGCAUAAUAUUCAACGCGGUGAAACCGCAAUUCAAGCUUCCCGUGGUGUCGUCUGACGACCAAAAGAUUUGCAAGAAGUCCAUCUAUGAUUUUAUUUUGGCCUGCAAGAAAUACUUCACAUUCAGCGAUGAGGAGCUCUUUACCAUCUCAGAUGUUUUUUCCAACUCAACUGAUCAUUUCAUUAAAGUUCUAGAUGUAGUGACGACUCUUAUAAACUCAGCUUCACAAGUUUUCCCCGAAACGCGGGUCGAGGAGUUACGAUGGUCCAACACCGAUCAAGGCAAAAUUGUCCGCGAAUUUGUCGAGACAGAGCGAAAAUACGUUUACGACAUGGAGAUUUUAAACCAGUACCGAAACCAACUUCUGCAUCGGGGCAUUAUUAGUUCCGAAGAACUCAAGAUGCUUUUCCCAAACCUUAACGAUAUUAUAGACUUUCAAAGACGGUUUCUUAUAUCUCUGGAGAUAAAUGGACAGGUCGAAGCCAACAAACAGCGUAUUGGAGCUCUGUUCAUGCACUCUAAGCAUUUUUUCAAGCUCUAUGAACCUUGGUCAAUCGGUCAAAAUGCUGCCAUAGACUUCAUAUCUUCGAGCUUCGAUAAAAUGCAAGGAUCGGACUUUGUUAUUGCAAACAAACUGGAACUUCAGUCCUUUUUGCUGAAACCCGUUCAGAGAUUAUGCAAAUACCCUUUGCUUUUGAAGGAGCUUCUGCAACAAUCCACUUCCAGCGCCACUUCCAAGGAACUCGAACUAGCAUGGAACAUCUCGAAAAAUAUUGCUCGUAGCAUCAAUGAGAAUCAAAGAAGGACUGAAAAUCAUGAAGUAGUGAAGAAACUUUACGAUCGAGUGGCUAAUUGGAAAGGGUAUCGAAUCGCCAAAUUUGGAGAGCUUUUGUACUUUGACAAGGUCUCUAUAUCGACUGGUAAUCCUAAUGAAUCCGAACAUGAUUUCGAAGUGUACCUUUUUGAAAAGAUCAUUAUCCUUUUCAGUGAGAUCAUACAAAAGAAGAGCAAUAGCAUAUCUUUAAAAAAGAAAACGAGCACCGCCUCGGCAUCUACCUUGCAUCUUUCAAACAACGGAACCAAUAACGCAAGCUCCUCUGGCAUUGGUGAUUCCAAGCUAGAGCUUAGGGGACGCAUUAUGAUUGUCAACCUGAACAAAGUAAGUCCCAUGGAAAGUCGCGGUCUGAACAUAAUAUGGGAGUCUCCCAAAGAACAAGGCAAUUUCAUACUGAAAUUUAAAAAUGAAGAGACAAGGGACGGCUGGCAUAAUUGCCUUCAGGGUCUCUUACGACAAGUACGCAGCGAAUCUCUCAAAAGCAAUAGUAGCAACAGUGACCGCUCAUCGUAUUCAUCAACGAGCUACCAUCCACAUAACAGUAUGAGCUCUUUGACUAGCAAUCAAAAAAGAAGGAUCUCGGAUGUGCUGCCGAGAUAUCAUGCCCAUCAGUCAUUCGAAAAUGAGUAUAGAUCAAUUUCAGAGAGUUAUAGAUCAUCGAUACCCGAGACAACACUUCUCGUACGGAUUGCAUUUCAAAAUGACUUUUACACUGUCUUGGUGGAAAUAAAUUCGGGAGUUGAUAAUUUACUGCAAAUAGUCAGAAGAAAGCUGACCCACGUUGGAACUAUCUCUAAGAUAAAGUAUCAAGACGAAGAUGGCGACUAUGUUAUGCUUGAAAGCGAAGACGACUGGAACGUAGUGAAGGACAUGUUGAAGGAGAGCAGUGAGCGUAUUCUGAAUGUAUGGGCUUUUACUUGA